AUGGAUACCGGAGAGAAAGAGGACGAUAUUUCUGAGCAACCCGUCUUAGGCUCCCGGGCGAUCAAAUGUGACAGAGCUUCCCCAUGUUCAAACUGCCGCAUUGCGAAGAGCAUUUGUAAAACCUCCCCACGGGUGAAAGAGCAACGCCAGAGGGUUUUGAUUUCGCACCAGUAUGAGAAGAAAAUCGAAACCAUAGACGAAAGGCUUACAAACAUUGAACGACUUCUAAAAGACCUCGCGCUGUCCAUUCCUGGACGCCAAACACUGGCUGAUUCCCAAACCGCCAGUUGUAAUUCACAGCAAACAGAUAGCCCAAGAAUUCGUUCCGCUAUUCAGGAGCCAAAUGUCAUGACCCCCAGUGCCCAUUUUGAAGGCGAAUCCGCCUUCAGUGCGCAUUCAGUCCUUGCGAGUGCUAUAUUUGAGCAGACCAUGGGGAGUAGUCCGAAUAUCGAACAAAAUCCGGCGAUGAUUCAAGCCUUGUCGUCGUUACGGGAUAUAGUGAAGGGCCAAAUUCGCCCUUCGGGAAUCCAUACUCUUCGAUUCCGUGGCCAAACUCCAAGGAGGGACCUUGAUCUUUCUCAGCUGGAGCUCCCGCCGUUAGACACGGUCCUUUCAAUGUUACGUCUCUCAAAAGACCAUUAUCCGAUUUUGUUUCUCACUCUCCCGAUCGUGGACCUGCCGUAUUUUACGCAACUUUGUAAAGAUGUGUAUUUCUGCAUGGAUGAGUAUUCGAGCGCACAGUUUGCUACAGUCAAUUGUAUUCUCUCAUAUCUUUUCAAGGAAUAUUAUUAUUAUGGGGGCGAUGAUCAGCCGAAAGAUAAAUUCAAAGAAUAUUCUGAAUUGUGCGCAUCGAAUUUCGAAACCGUUAUCAGCAGCUUUGAUCUGCUCGUGGAGCCUAGUUACGAUAUUAUCCUGGCUCUAGCUCUUGGGGCUUUUCAUGCCACUGAGGUUUCAAAGAUCUCGCUCUGCUGGAAUUUUACUGCUAUAGCGGCCCGAAUGUGUCAGAGUUUAGGUUAUCACCGCACAGCUAGGAAGGAUGAUGCAGGAGCAUCUUCAGAAAAUGCCACAAUGGAAAAGUCCGUCUUUUGGUUUGUCUAUCUUAUGGAUAAAAGCAUGUCGUUGUGUCUAGGCAGGACAUCCUCACUUCAGGAUUAUGAUAUUGCCGCUGAAUUUCCGGAGCUGCCAGCAGACCCUGGCCUACGUCCCUGGCGCACGCUUUACCGGAACUGGACCGAUUACAGUAAAAUCGCUGGCAGGAUCUACGAACUUUUGUUCUCUUCUCGCGCGCUUGCCGAUACUGCCGCGGUGCGUCUACACAAGGCACAACAGCUUGAGGAAGAGAUCAAGAGUUGGAGAAAUGAAAUUCUUCAAUUCGAUCCUGGCGAAGCGUAUCACGCUUUUUUCUUCCAGUGGAUGUUACCCGGCGCUGAUUUAAGUUAUUAUAUGCUUUUAACCUUGGUGUAUCGCGCGGUACCUCCGUCACAGCCACCGGAAACUCCAUCUGGACUCAGUUCAAAGACCUUGUUACAGUGCCCUUUUGUCCCGUUUCUAGUGACAUUCUGUCAUACCAUAUCAUCGGGUGAUAUGGAUGACUUGAGACUACUUGAAGAGGUGGCAACUAGUCUCCAAGCCGCGGGAGGGCUCUCGGAAGGUGCUGAGCGGUUAUACCGCUUGUGUAUGGUAUUUUAUCAGGUUGCCAAAGUAUAUGUGGAUGCAAAACUCCAAGAGGCUGAAAAUGCAAAUGAAACUUCAGCAUACCAGCCCGCCACCUACCCAGGGGAAGAAUUCGACAGCUACUUGAAUGCCCUUGGACUUGGGCCGUCGCUAGCACCCUAUAUGCCAAGGGGGGUGACUGGUGCUGGCAAUAAUAACAGCGAAGGAACAAUGCCCGAUUUUUUCGAUGUCGAUAUGGCCCAAUCAUUGGAGGACUGGUAUUUGGGAAACCGACAUAUGAUGGGGUUGCUAGAAUCGGAUCUCUAG